AUCCCUAGGCGUUUCCCGAAGCGGAAUCAGCCGUCAUUUGCACUUAUCGUGCACCCUGCGCACAGCUGAUUGGGUCUGGAUGAGGUGACGAAUGGUGACGAACAAACGUAAACUGUGUCUGUGAUCAAAUGCAUUUCUGAUGAAAACAUCUUUACGUCUUGCAUAUUUUUUUAUUUGCGUGGAUUUGACAGGGAAGACACUUCUAUGAUUUGGAACAAAUGAGACUGAUCGACGUCUUGCAUUCAAUGCUGUUGUGUGAGCUAAUCAUGCACAGCUAUUUUCAUAUUAUGUCUAUGCUGUAAUUCUAUUUAUACACGUCUUCCUUUCGUCUGUUAUCAUACUAAAUGUAUCUGGAAAAAUUAUUCAGAUUGGAUUGUACCUGUGUUUUGACUUUCAAGUCACAAUAUACUGGAUUCAGAAGUCUAGAAUGAUGAAAGUUUGCUUCUAUCUAUUUAGAAAACUUUUAUUUCUCGAAUAGGUACCAUUCCUAGUGCAAGAAAAUGAAUAAUCUCUCUGGGCAAUUUCGCAAGACAACAUGGGAUCCCAUUCUCAUAAUUUCCCAGAUAAUCGCCGUGCAGACCGUUAUGUAUCUUUGCCUUGGAUUCUGGAUUUGGAUUGUCGCAUCGAUAUUGGGCUGGACAAAGUCGUUGGAUUAUGUGUUUCAAUAUAAAGAGAUACACGUUCGUGAUUUUGGAGGGCAGCUAGUUAUUGUUAUGUUUGUCCUAAAUGCCUUCGUAGGCGCUCUUGCAUUAUGGUGGCUAGUGCAAAGAACAAAAUUAUGCAUGGACUUUGCGUGCACGGCCCAUUGGAUUCAUCUGAUCUGUUGCUGGGCGUACAACGGAACUUAUCCAACGUCUUUUAGCUGGUGGUGUUUAAAUCUCGUGUCGUUAAGUAUAAUGUGUGUCUGCGGAGAAUUCCUUUGUAUGAGAACAGAACUGCAAGCUAUACCUUUAAGUAUGAACAGUCAAAAGACAGCCUUAUGAGAUGCGAAUGCAGAUGAAGUAUGUGAGUUAAAGAAAGAUGAAUCUUGAAUAAAUCUUUUCAGUAAAAUAUAUUCUCAUCAUUAGUGUUAAAAUUUCUAUUGCAAUAAAAAUUAAAUUUGUUAAAACUA